AUGUCUGUGCUGCAGGCACUGCGGGCCUUGCUCCUGGUCUAUGCCGUGGGCGCUGCAGUCAUCUUACGGCAGCUCCUGCGGCGCCUGCGCGGGGGCUUCCGGCCGCCAGUGCUGCCCUGGCAGCCCGACCGCGUAGCUCUGGUGACUGGAGGCACUGAAGGCAUCGGCCUGGCCACAGCACAGCAACUGGCGGCCCUGGGCAUGCGCGUGGUGAUAGCGGGAAAUGACAAGGCAAAGGCGCAGGAGGUCGUGUCCUGGAUCCAAGCCGAGACCAAGAACAAGAGGGUGCACUUCCUGUUCUGUGACCUCGCCUCCCUGGCCUCCGUGCGGAAAUUUGCCCGCGACUUCCUGUCCCUGGGGUUCCCACUACACGUGCUGGUGAACAAUGCCGGAGUCAUGAUGGUUCCGCCCAGCAAAACGGAGGACGGCUUUGAGCGCCACAUGGGAGUGAACUUCCUGGGCCACUUCCUGCUAACGAGGCUGCUGCUGGGUGUGCUGCGGGCGUCAGGGUCGCCGGGUCAGAGGUCGCGUGUGGUGACCCUGGGGUCAGCCACGCACUAUGUGGGGGAGCUGGACAUUGACACCCUGCGGGCCAGACCCCCCCACUCCGCCUCCGCAGCUUAUGCGGGCAGCAAGCUGGCGCUCGUGCUGUUCUCCAGGAGGCUGCAGCGGCUCCUGGUGGCGCGCGGUGACCCUGUGACCUCAAGCGUGGCCGACCCGGGCGUCGUGGACACAGCGCUGUACCGGCAUGCGGGCUGGGGCAUACGGGCUGCCAAGCGCCUGCUGGGAUGGGCCCUGUUCAAGACCCCUGCUGAAGGUGCCUGGACCUCUGUCUAUGCGGCUUCUGCCCCAGAGCUGGAGGGACGGGGUGGCCUGUACCUCACGGACGAGGCCCCAGCCGAGCCCCUUGCAAGCACGCAGGACCCAGAGCUGCAAGACCGGCUGUGGGCAGUGGCCGAGAGUGUGGUGGGUGUGGCCAGGGAUGACUGAGGAUGCCCAGGAACCCAGGGAUACGCCCACUGCAUCAAGGGAUGCUGGGACCCGGGAAGACAUCAGGGCGGCAGACCACGCCCACCUCACCAAGGCCCCGCCCAGGACAGAGGAGGACUCAGCGCCCAGCACCUAAGGGGGAAGCUUUAGCCAUGCGAUGACAUCAGGGCAACAGACCCCCACCAGACAAGACAGAGACGGUCCCUCCCAAUGACAUAUGGACUGAGAUCUAAACACCCAAAUGGGAUGACUCAGUCAUGGAUCUCAGAGAUGGGGGUGGGGCUCUGGCAGCAUUUCUGGUGAAUCAAAAUUGGCGGCCCUGGAAUAUCAAAGAUGGCUGCCUGGGGUAUCUAAGAUGGUCACCUUGGUCCCCUAUAUCUGAGAGGGAUGAGUCGUCUCUGACUGACAGGGGGUAAGGGCAGAGGAGCCUGGGGGCA